UCUGAGAGGCAGUCAGAAACAGAGCAGAGCAAGGGAGCAGAGGUGAUCUCACACUCAUCAGCACAGGAUAACACAACCAUGAUGGGUUGACUUGGGGGGGGGGGGGAGUCGGUUGGAGAGAAGAAGUGUGCAUUCGCCACCACUUGCUCAGUCAUGGAGACCAACCAAGUUCUACAUUUCGUCCCUUUGGCAGAGGCACCUCCCUCUGGGAUGUCCAAGAAUGGAUACUUCUUUCAGGAAAUGGAGCAGCGGGAGGUGGAGCCGGAGGAGGGCAGCGAGGGCCAGGAGGAGGAGGGCCAGGACUCGCCGAUCACCUGCGGAGACGACAUCCACCUCUACGACAACCAGAUCAGCCCCGGGCCAGACGCUGACGACUCUGGCUGUGUGUUGCUGAACACGUCAAGAAAGUAUGUGAAGCUGAUGAACUUCGAGGAGGAGAUCCGGGCUCACAGGGACCUGGACGGCUUCCUGGCGCGGGCCACCAUCCUGCUGGACGAGACCGCCGCCUCGCUGGACGACGUUCUGAAGAGGAUGCUGCACAGCGUGGGCCAGGACAGCAACUCAUCCGAACCCACCUGCAACUUCGAGGAGGUGAUGAGCAUGCUGUUCACUGACGCCGGAGCGCAGGAGGUCAACGACAAGUCUCAAAGUUUCGUUUUCUUUGAUGAUGUGCACCUGCUGUCAGAGACGAUCCAGGGAGCUACAGCCACCGCCACCGGCAUCCAGUACCAGCAGUCCUGGCUCUGCAUCCUCUGCAACGUGAAGUAUCUCCAGAGGCGUCACGUGUGCAUCUCCCGCCUGGAGAGGCCACAAAACUGGGGGGAGAACUGCUGCGAGGUCCGCUAUGUCAUCCUGAUCCUCGCCCCGUCCAAAAUGAAAAGCACCAAGACGGCGAUGGAGCUGGGCAGGACGUUCGCCACGCUCUUCUCCGACAUCUCCUUCAGGCAGAAGCUCCUGGAGACCAAGACCAAGCAGGAGUUUAAGGAGGCGCUUGUGUUCCAGAGGCACCAGCUGACGGCAACCCUCCAGCAGCCCACCGCCCUGGGGAAGGAAGAGACGGACCCCCGCAGUCAAAAGCCCCUCGAGUAUAAAGACUUCUUAAGAGCCGGCCGGGGGAUUUACGAGGACCUGUGCCGCCGCCUACCUCACUACCCCUCCGACUUCACAGAUGGUAUAGUCGGCAGUAAUAAAACUCUGCUGAAGUACAUGACCACCGCCAUCUUCCUCUACAUCGCCAUCCUCCUCCCCGCCAUCGCCUUCGGAUCCCUCAACGACGAGAGCACACGUGGGGAGAUAGAUGUUCGGAAGACCAUCAUCGGCCAAAGCAUCGGCGGGGUCAUCUACUCGUUGUUCGCCGGCUCUCCUCUAGUCAUCCCCCUCACCACCGCGCCCCUCGCCAUCUUCAUCAGCGUGAUACGAGGAAUCUGUGACGACUACAACCUGGAUUUCCCCGCUUUCUACGCCUGCAUCGGUUUGUGGAACUGCUUCUUCCUCAUCCUGGGAGGCAUCUUCAACGUCAGUCUGCUCAUGAAGCUCUUUAAAAGGUCUACAGAGGAGGUCAUUGCGCUCUUCAUUUCCAUCGCAUUUGUGGUGGAUGCAGUGAAAGGCACAGUCAAAAUCUUUCUCAGGUACUACCACCCACCGACGCUGGGAAACACAACCGUACAGAUCCUCCCUCAGGCUGGAGAUCUGCUCGGGGGAAACAGGAGCGAGAUGGCGGCGGGAUACGUUCUCAACGCCCUCCCCGAAACCGUCAUCCAUUGCACUCGAGAGAGGCCGCUCCUCUGCAUGCUGCUGAUGCUCGGGACGUUAUGGAUGGGCUACACCCUGUACCAGUUCAAAAGGAGCCCGUUCCUGCAUGUCAAAGUGAGGGAGGUGAUGUCGGACUGCGCUCUGCCGAUCUCAGUGCUCAUGUUCUCCUUCAUCGGCUCCUACAUUUUCAGUGACAUUGACCUUCCAGUUUUUAAAGUUCAUGACCGGCCCGUCUUCAGGGUGGCUCCCUUUGAGCGUCUGUCGGCCCUCAACGUGGUCAGCGCCAUGGGCCUGGGCUUCCUCCUGGCCCUCCUCAUCUUCAUCGACCAGAACAUCGUCGUCUCGCUGACCAAUGCGCCAGAGAACAGGUUGCUGAAGGGCACGGCGUAUCACUGGGACCUGAUGCUCUCUGGGCUCAUUAACAUCCUGAUGUCGGUGCUGGGGUUGCCCUGGAUGCACGCCGCCUUCCCCCACUCCACCCUCCAUGUGCGCCAGCUGGCGUUCGUGGAGCAGCGUGUGGAGGGAGGGCACCUCUACGAGACUAUCGUCCAGGUGAAGGAGACGCGGCUGACGUCUCUGGCUGCCAACAUCUUCAUCGGCGUGUCAGUGCUGCUGCUGCCCCUGCCGCUGCAGUGGAUCCCCAAACCCGUCCUGUACGGCCUGUUCCUCUACAUAGCCCUCACCUCCAUCGACGGAAACCAGAUGUGCGACCGCAUGGCUCUCCUCCUCAAGGAGCAGACCUCCUACCCUCCGACCCACUACAUCCGCAAAGUGCCCCAGAGGAAGAUCCACUACUUCACCUUCCUGCAGAUGAUGCAGCUGCUGGUGCUCUGCACGUUCGGCAUGUACCCCAUCCCGUACAUGAAGAUGAUCUUCCCUCUGCUCAUGAUCAUGUUGAUUCCAAUCAGGAACAACGUGCUUCCUCAUAUCAUUGAGGCCAAAUACUUGGACAUAAUGGAUGCCCAACACAUGUAACGACAGCUGGAGAUAAGUCCUGGAUCCACAAGAAAACCGUCUGGAAUUUGAAGGGAAAAAAAAUAAUACAAAUACGGAUUUAAAAAUAUUUUUCAAUGCAAAAAGGAGAGAUACCGACUAUUUUGAUUUUUGUAUCUGAUAAGAACAUUCUUGCAGGUGAAGCACUGGAAAAUGGGAAGUGAUGUGAGAAAGAGAGAUGAGGUGCUGUGGGAAUUAUUUCCAAAUGUGGACGGACAGCCUCUCUUUGGGAAAGUUCUGCCAAAAAAAAAAGGAAAGUCCAGAACCCUGUUUCCCCUCUGUUUGACCCUGUCAGCCUGUCAGUGACAUAUACCUCCAUGUUCCUCCACAUUUUACAAAACCCUUACUGGAGUGUAGUCAUCUGUGUGUUAAGCUAUGGGUUAGUGCUUCAAGUACUCACUAAUACUGUGUAAGUAUUAAACAAUUCUGCCAUUAUAGAGAAGCGUAUUUGCACAAUGUAAGCAUGAACACUCGCAUUGUGUUUUUACACCGUCAUUCUACAUGCUUACACUGUGUUGCCAAGUACUUAAAUACUUUUCCGUGGGUGAAUUAACGCUGCAUUCAAACCACUGCAAAGUAAAUGUGUACCCUUUGUAAUUCUGUCAUUGUGCAGUGUGAAAACCGUUACAUUCCUGCACCUUUUAGCUGUGAUUCCCCCCUUUUUACUAUGAAGGACACUUGUGCUUAUAGUUUCUAAGUCAUUCCAAGAAAAUGCAGCAUUCAUUAAGGAGGUAAAAGGAACGUGUGUGUGUGUGUGUCAUAGCCACACUACUAAGCUACUUUAUCGUUUUAAGUUAGAGCGAUGUCAGGCGACAAAUUCGAGCGAAUUUCAGUGAAAGAUUUGAGCGAUGUCCGGCGACAAGUUAGAGCGAUGUGAAUGCAGCUUUGGGUGGAAUUACUCAGCUGAAUAAAAUAAAAUAACAUUCCACAGUUAUAUAUUAUAUUUUGUAAUUAUUUAGAGCAACAGCACAAACCAAACUAUAUUGUGAAAUCUUUAUCAAAUUAUGAAUAUAUUAGAAUAUAUUAUGGCAAUAUACAAAAAAAAAGUAUUUUAGGUUUAAUUCAAAUAUAAAUAUUUAUUUAUCAUUAUGACAGUUUAUCUUCUAAGUAAAAUAAUGAGAAUUGUUUGUGUUUAUGCUGAAACGGAAAGUAGUUUGUAAUUCUCUGUUUGCUCCUUCACAUUCCUGAUCCACAGUUACUGAUUGUUGAAUUUUAGCGUCUUGUCUUACAUCAGGCUGUGCCGCUGUGUUUACACAUCAAAGUCAUUCCAGUUCAUGUCGAAGUCCAACACCGUUCUGGUGCAUCGGUAGUAAAGAUGAAAGGCAGGUAAAGGUAAAAAAAACAAAAAAGAUUACAAAAAACCUUUAAAAAAAACUAUUUGUGAGCUUUGGAUUAAACAAAGUGCAUCCUAUUUUUGUUUUAUUUUGUGAACAAGUGUUCAAAGAUGAGUUUUAGAAUAAUCUGGUCUUGUUUUCUAUUUAGAUGUUAUGAUUAGAUCAAUGCUUGCAAACGUUGUCAUGUAAAAAAUCCAGACGUCUGGAAAGAUUAUCUUGUUAUUCUACAGUACAAAAAAUAAAACACAAAAAAAAGACAAUUUAUUUUAGCAGACACUGUUUUGCCUAAAGCAUGUCUAAUCUGGGUUUUUGAUAUGAUGUAAUGCUAAUAGACAUGUAUCCAAAAGAGUAACAAAUCUAACAGUAACUUCUCAAUGAACCGAAUGCAACGCUCAAUAUUCAGCAAUACUGUGUAUAAAAACUGGUGAGAUUCAGGUUUCACAGCGGAAGUGGUGAAACAAAAGCCAACCGUUGCAUUUUUAAGACUUUUAGUUCAUCUAUAAUAAAACUGCUCUGUGCUGAUUCAAUUAUUUCAAACAUCAAGAAGAAAAACAAAUGUUUGCCCGUGAACAAAGCAUUCACAGCGCUGGGUUUUAUUACUGUUUACUUGCUUUCCCAAAGUCCAAAUGGCAGCUCCCUCAUGCAUACUGUUCAACUUUGUCUUACAGAUGUGAGAAAGAUGUCCAAUUUAAGCAGAUGUCUCAUGCCGAGGUAGCAAGGCAUGAAAGGAAAGCUCGGAAACAUUUGCAUAAUCCUUUGGAUUAAGGCUUAAAACUGCUCUGGCGAGAGAGAUGUGAGGUAUGAAGUAAUAUGUACAGUUUGCAAUGCAAAGUUUAGUUUUUAUCAAGUAUCCAUUAUAAUCCACAGCAAGGUGUUAGUUUCUAACUUUGGACAGAGUACAGAGAUUUAACCAUUCUUCUUCUUACGUGACAGUAUUGUUGUUGUUCCUUGAUAUCUUCUCCGUGCUGAUGAUUUUGGAAUAGCAGCAAACUUCUCUCAGAGGGCCUGACUUCAGAUUCAGAGCGAUAUUCAGAUUCAGACGUUUGUGAAACCUUGACUCCCCUCCUCCUGAUUGGAUUUGUUUGAAAUUGCGUACUGUGGUGUUUUUGCUUUUCUUUUCCUGAUUUCAUAUAGCCUACUUUUUCUAAUCAUGAAUGUAAGAUGUUUGGGUUUUUAUAUAGCAUAAUCAUUUAGGUGUCGAACAGAAACUGUAAUUUUGUCAAAAAGAUCAGCUAUAUUUGUAAGCUGUAAUAUGUAAAAUGAGAAAAAAUGGUUAUAAAACAGAAUGUGUUGGUUUAUUAUAGUAUAUAUAUAUAAUGUACACUGAAAAAGAGAAACUAUCUCAAGCUGUUUGCCAAAUAAAAAGUAGUAGUGAUG